AGUGGUAGUGGUGGUGGUGGUGGCGGUGGCCAGCGAAUGUAGGCCAAACACUCUCAGUCUGGUUGUGGCGGUGAUCGCUGGUGGAGGUGUGCUACUACUCGCUCUAUCUUUCACCCAGGAUACCCCAACCCACUUCCACUGCUACUACUACUACCUCGGGUGCUCCUGUAACCGAUACCCCAGAGGUUACUAGCACGUGAAAAGUUUAUCGUGUCUAAAAGCCCCGUCCUUACUCGUAACCCACCCAGUGCCCAGGAUUGUACAAGAGCAAAGGGGCCGUGAAUGUGUGUGCCAAGCUAUACCUGCCGUGUUCCUGGAGUGUUGCAGCCCGCCUUGUGUGAUCCAGGCCCUACGCCCUUAGGUAAACACGGCUUGCCUUCACGAGGAACCAAUAGUAAUAGAUGAGAGAGUUUACCUGUCCAUCUCUGCACCAAUCAGCAAUGCCCGUCUGACUCAGGUGUGCCCAGGGGAGUGAGGGAAGAGAAGGAGAGAGGGAGAGAAGAGAGAGGGGGAGAGCAGAGAGGAGGCCAGGCGCCGCCCAUCAGAAAAGCAUGCCUUGUCUCCCCAACUGAGCCCCCGCCACGCCACCAAAGCCCCAGCCCCCAGCACAGCCCCAGCACCCCCACAGAGCACCCAUGAAAUUCUACCCUCAGCCCGCGGACUCCCCCGAUGGUGUGCAGGCGUGGGCUCAUGAGGACCUUCUCGAGCCCCGCUACGCCACGGACACCAAGACCGCCAUGGACCCUCUGGACUCUUUUUUGCGCGACCUGCCGCCUCCAAACACCACCUUCGCGGAGCUCAAGCCCCUGGAGCCCCUGGACUACCUAACGGCCUCCCCGGACACGUCAGCCUCCUCGCGCCAUGACACGUCCUCCACCUCGUCCAACUCCCCGGGCAGCCAGUACAAGGGUGCCAUCACCAACAACAACACGUUCCUGGGGUACGCCGGCGGCCCCGAGCCCGUGACCACCACCACGACGCUCACCCCGCACAAGCCCGAGCCUCCGCACCACCAUCCCGGCUACUCCAUCACGCAGGAGAUCGACGACAUUGCGUCCAUCAUCGGUAGCGCCAUCGCGGACAACAGCGUCAACACCAGCAUCAACAACAUCAUGCUGCCAGAGUCCCUGGAACCACUCAACGCCCCGGAGUUCCAGGAUAUUGAGGCGUUCUUCGAGAACAUGAGCGGCGGCGUCAAGGUAGAGCCCGCGGAUCCGCUUGUCAACUCCACCAUGUCGCCCUCAGAUCACUCCUCCUCUAUGCCAGUUGUGGCCCAGGCCUCCACCACCGUGGGCCACACCACCAUAGAGUACGCCAGCACGCCCACGCACUCGCCCAUGCUGUCGUCACUGCUGGCGGCGGGCGCGGUCACCAACAACAACAACUACCUGCCCGGGAUGGUGACGGAGGCGCAGUACAAGACGGAGAUCUCCAUGCCCAUUCUGCAAUCGCGUCUCAUGCAGGGCCUCAAGGACGUGGGAGGCGGUGGCCUGCUCAAGGCCGACCCCAUGUUCGCCCGCUCGCAUUACUACAGCCACAAGGACGCGCAGCCGCACACCACAGACCCCACCGCCUUCGCCGUCACCACCACGGACGACCUCUUCACUAACAAGCUGGACACCAGAUCCUACCUGGACAAGACGCAGCUGGCCUCGCCCGAGUCCACCGACCUCUCUUCCACCAAGAUCGGCUUGGACUUCCCGGGGCUCAAGAUUAGCAAAGGGCGCAGCCGUAAGCAGCAGAGUACAAAGCUCCCCAUCACCACGGAGGGCACCAAGGACAAGCCCGUCCAUCGCUGCACCGUCUGCAACCGUGGCUUCCUCAACAAGUCCAACAUCAAGGUGCACCUGCGCACGCAUACCGGCGAGAAGCCCUUCAAGUGCGAGACCUGCGGCAAAUCAUUCCGGCAGAAGGCGCAUCUGCUCAAGCACUACCAAAUCCACAAGAGAGUCGCCAGGGACUGAACGCCGCCAUCUUAAUUACUCAUUACCACCACAACCAUUACUUCUGCUACUACUACUACUACUACUACUACUACUACUACUACUACUACUACACGUCCCUCGAAAGACAAAGGGAAUGCUGUCUGUCUGUUUUCUUCUUGUCUACUUAAUUGCAAGUACACACUGAUCCCUGUGGCGCCACGCAGGGCUUGUCAGAGAGAGAGAGAGAGAGAGAGAGAGAGAGAGAGAGACUAAACCUCCCUUCACUUCACCCUUGACAAUGGCCAUGGACUUGAGCAGGUGCUGUGAACGCCGAGGGAGAGAGAGGAGGGGGUGGGAGAACGAGAGAAAGAGGGGGAAGAUAAAAGAGAGACGAAGAUAAGAUAGAGAAAAGGGAUUGGGAAUUGAAAAGGAAAUAAGAAAAUCACGAAAAAAGACGAAGCACAUGCAGAGAGAGAGAGAGAGAGAGAGAGAGAGAGAGAGAGAGAGAGAGAGAAACACGCUCUUUGGGCCUCAAGUGAAAGCUGGUGGUGGGUGUGACGCAGAGAGGAGGAGGAGGAGGAGGAGGAGGAGAGAGGAAGUAGAUGGGGAGAUGUCAGGGGAAGGAAGAUAGAGACUGAGGGAGUAAGGGGGAGACAGAAGAAUAAGAAAGAGGAGGAGGAGGUGGAGGAAAAGGAGUAGGAGGAAGAAGAGAAGAUAGACGAGGAUGAGGAAGAAGAGCAGGAGGAGGAGAAAGAGGAACACCCACCAAAAACCCGUAAACUCCCCCACUAAAAAAUAUACCCCACUAAACCACACACAAAGAAAAAUAAGGAGAAGGAAGAAAAGGAGGAAAAAGAGACGAGUCAAAACACCCCCAAGACAGCCAAAAACACACACCUAAACACCAUAAAACUCCCAUAACACCACAAACGCACUGCCUUAUACCUUUAAAAGACCCAAAAAUACUCGUACCCCCCAAAAGAAUAAGAGACUAAGAACACUAAAACACACCAGGAACACACUAAACACACCAAAGCAUCCCAGACCACACCACAACACUCCAAAACAUACUCUACAUCAGCUUUGAAACACCAAAUUAAUAUUUAAAUAAUCUACAACACCACAUAUCAGUCAAACACCCCCAACAACACCAGAAUCCUACCCCAACCAACCCCAACACAACCCCACGAGUAUAAAGACAUGAUGUAGCGUGUGGUGGGGUGGUGGUGAGGUGGUGGUGGGAUGAUGGUGGGGAGGCGAGGCGGGAGAGAGAGAGCCAGUCGCCGCCACUCGACCCACAUCGUAUAUAGGUCACCCCCCCGCCCUAGCUGCCAAAGGGGUUCCUGCCGCUGUCAUCCCGGACCUGACUCCCUCCCUCCAGAACCUCCCUGCCUGCUUACCCCCCACACCUACCUACCUAUCUACCUCCAUCCCUCUUCAUCUCCCUACCACCCUGCCUCCCUGUCUCCCUCCUUCCUUACCUACCUACCUACCUCCCUCUCUCCCUACUCACUGCUUACCUAUCUUCCUCCUGCCCUCCCUCCCUCUCUACCUCCCUCCCUUCUUGCCUACCUACCCUCCUCCCUCCCUGCCUACCUGCCUCCCUUCCUCGGGUCCAAUACAGCAGGAAUUCACUAGGAUCCCCCAACUCCCCUCACGUCCUCCUACUCCUCCUCCUCCUCUUUUUUCUUGUAUUUUUUGCGUCUUUUUUAGUUUUUUCUAAUGGUUAUGUUGUUGUUUUCUGUUCUGUUCUAUCUUUCUUUCUUUCAU